AUGUCGUGUUGUAGCUGCGAAAAUACCUCUUGUUGCAACAACAAUCCCACAACCACCGUAGCAUCCACAACCUCUUCAUCGGAUCAUCAUCCUUCCCACAUCAUCACUCCAAAAGACCAAUCCGGUUUGCAAUACCAAUCUUCCGAUGCUGUCUAUAAGAGUGUUCAGGAAUAUUAUGGAAAGGUAUUGAGUACGACCAAUGAUUUGAAAACUUCGGCGUGUUGCACUCCCUCCUCAGGCCUUCAUCCGAUCAUGAAAGCUCUUCUCUCAAAAAUUCCUGAUGAAGUGAUGAGUAAAUAUUAUGGAUGUGGUUCACCACUGCCUCUUGGUGGUAUUCGUGGACGUACGGUUUUAGAUCUCGGAAGUGGUAGCGGAAGAGAUGUGUAUUUGGCUUCCAUGCUUGUCGGAAAGAGUGGUAAAUGUGUGGGAGUGGACAUGACAGAGGAACAGCUCGAGGUAGCGAGAAGAAAUAUUGAUCAAUUAAAGAAAUCCUUUGGAGAGGAUGAUGUGGCAACUAUGGAAUUCAAGAAAGGGUUUAUUGAAGAUUUAAAACAAGCUGGAAUUGAAGAGAAUUCUAUUGAUAUUGUCAUUUCAAAUUGUGUGGUGAAUUUGUCUCCUGAUAAGGAAGCUGUUUUGAAUGGAGUUUAUAAUUCCCUUAAAUUUGGUGGAGAAUUUAUUUUCUCGGAUGUUUAUUGUGACAGAAGAUUAUCCUCUGAGGUUCGCAGUCAUGAGCUGUUGUUUGGCGAGUGUAUUGCUGGGGCGUUAUAUAUCAAUGACUUUAUUGCAUUGUGUAAGAAGAUUGGUUUUACUGAUCCUCGUGAGGUCACUCUCUCAGAAAUCAAGAUUCACGAUUUCAGAAUGAAAGAAAUACUUGGAAAUGCAAAAUUCUAUUCCGUAACAUAUCGUUUAUUUAAACUUGAUGAUUUAGAACCUCAAUGUGAAGACUAUGGACAAGUGGCUAUUUACAGAGGAGGAGCCAACGGAAUGGAUGAAGCAUACAAGCAUGCCUAUGUAUUGGAUGGAAAGCACGUGUUUGAGAGAAAUAGACCAGUAUUGGUAUGUGGAAAUACAGCAAGUAUGCUGUCAAAGCCUUCAUGGUUGGCACCUUAUUUUGAAAUCAUUGGAGAUCGAUCAGUUCAUUAUGGCAUGUUUGAUUGCUCCAAAGGAGGCUCCUCUCAAAGAUGUGAAACCAACAGUGACGCAAGCAGUUGCUCAGGUAGCUCCUGUUGUUAA